CUUUUUUCUGCUGUUGUUACUUCCUGUUUAGUCGGGAGCAGAUCCUCUUCUGUCUAACCUGUCUCCUCCGGUGUCUUCUGUGUCUUUGUUUGAUAAAACUCUCCUGUCUUUGUCUCCUCUUCUGUCCUCUCAGCACAGACACACAGACCACCUCCACCUAACAUUAAAACGCACCGGGAGGAUCUGGAUUCAGUGAUCGGGAUAGAGAGCAGGGAGCCGGGCUGAUUCCACAGGAGGAGCCGGUGUUUAUCUGGUCCUUCUGCUCCGGGUCCUGAUGGAUUUUACAUAAACCGCUUGUCCUUUAAAACCACCAAUAAUGCGCUCUCUGCUGCUAGUGCUAAUUAGACUGUCUGCUAAUUAGCCGGCUCUGCUAACCAGGUUAGUUAAAUGAGUUAAAUUAAUUAACGCUGUCGCUGUUUUGACCUCUAACUCCGACAUUAUCUCCGUCUGUUAAAGUGCCUGUUGUUUAAAGGGAGUUUGGUUGAAAGCUAAAGGUGCUAAUUAACAGAGCAGCUAGCCUCGGCUAAAACUGGCUUUAAAUGUAGUCUGAGCAGGUUAAAUAGAGUUUAAAUGGACUCAGACCAGGCUUCAAAAAGGGGGUUAAGCGGGUGAAACUCAGUUCUUGAUUUAAGUUUCCUUUUAUUGUGUUUAUAGCAGGUUUUGAGUUCAGUUAGACUUUAGUUUAGUAGGUUUUUGAAUGUAGUUUUGCCUGUUUUACACACAGGGGCGAAUUCAGUGAGUCCUUGGUUUAAAACUGAUUUUAAAUGUAGAUUAAGUUUGGCUAAAAGUAGUUUUAAUUGGGCUCAAACUGGAGGAAAGAGCUUGUGAACUGGUCCAGUGUUAAACCGGGUCAUAAUUGUAGGUAGGACCGGCUUUAAUGUGGAUCUAGAAACGGAUAGUACCAGGUUUAAGGUCAGUUGGGUCACAAGUGUCCUUAUUGCUGUUUAUGUCCGGUUAAAAGUUAAAUUAGACCUUUUAUUGGAAGGGGUUUUGAAUGUAGUUUGGUCUGGCUUACAAAGAGUUAGCUAGUUUCUGCUUUAAAUCUAUUUUUUCUGAAAUAGUCCUGUGUUAAACUGGGUUAUAAAUGUAUUGUAUACUGGGUUUACUGGUCUAGAAACAAGGUUAGACCAAGUUCCUUUUUGGUGUUUACUGCUGGUUUUGAGUUCAGUUAGGCUUUUGUUUGAUGGGGGUUUGAAUGUAGUCAGGUCCGGUUUACACCGUGACUUCAACCCUCUUGGUCUCGGGUUGAAAAGUUUGGUUAACUCGAGUAAACGGGCUAAAACUAGUCCUGUGCUAAACUGGGUUAGAAAUGUAGUCUGCCCUGGGUUUAGUGAGGGUCAAGAAGCAGAUAUUCUAGGUUUAAGCUCGAUUCUGGAUCACAAGUGUCCUUACUUAUUUCUUGUUUAUAUAAAAGUUAUGUUAGACUUUGGUUUAAUCAGAUUUUGAAUGUAGUCUGGUGUAUUUAAUACAGUCAGUCUCUGGUUUGAAACUGGUUUUAAAUGUAGUCAGACCUGGUCUUUUCUGUCCUUGUGAAGACAGUCAGUAUUGGUUUUGAAAUUUUAAAGAGUCCUCUUCUGGUUCUCGUUGGUCUUUGAUGCAGUUAGUCCAGGUCUAAGUGGGGUUUAGUCCCAGGUUUAGCUCAAGAUGGCAGAGCUCCACCAGACUCCUAACUCGCUAUGCUGCUGCCGUAAAUCCCUGCCGGUCUCUGGGGCCCGGUGUGUUGGGGACUCAAGCCGGCCCUCCACAGGCCCAGGUCCUGGGUCUCCGCGGUGUCCCCUGGUGGAUGUGGCCUCGGCAUCAAACUUCAGGUGCUUCCAGCUGCGACACUUCCACCUGGACCUGCGGCUAAACUUUGCAGUGAAGGAAAUGAGCGGCUGGUUGGUUCUGGAUCUGAUCCUGGUGCAGCCAGGGAUUCACACCCUGGUCCUGGACUCCCACCCCUCUCUGUUAAUCCACUCCAUAGACUGUAAGGUCCCUGGGGCUGGACAGGAGGAGCCCGUCUCCCUCACGUACCGGGUCGACCCCUUCACAGAUUACGGAUCAUCGCUCAACAUCAGCCUGCCAACGGCAGCCGUGAAACCAGGCCGAUUGAUCCAGAUCACAGUCCGCUAUACCACCACAGAUGGACCAGCGAUCUGGUGGUUGGACUCUGAGCUGACCUGUGGUCAGUCUCGUCCUCUGGUCUUCACUCAGGGUCACUCGGUGUGUAACCGCUCCUUCUUCCCCUGCUUCGACACGCCCGCCGUCAAGAGCACAUACACUGCUACCGUCAGGGUCCCAGACGGAGUGACGGUUCUUAUGAGCGCGUCUCGGAGCUCCUACUCCAAACAGGACCGGGUCUUCCAGUUCUCCAUGGUUCCUGUCCCAUCCUACCUGGUGGCGCUGGUGGCCGGAGAGCUGCAGCACGUCGAUGUCGGCCCGAGGAGUCGUGUGUGGGCGGAGCCAUGUCUGUUGUCCUGUGCGGUGAAGAAGCUGGGGGGCAGCGUGGAGCGCUGGCUGGGCGUGGCCGAGGAGCUGUUUGGGUCUUACCUGUGGGGCAGGUGUGACAUCGUGUUCCUGCCCCCCUCCUUCCCCAUCGUCGCCAUGGAGAACCCCUGCCUCACCUUCAUCAUCGCCUCCAUCCUGGAGAGCAGCGAGUUCCUGCUGAUCGACGUCAUCCACGAGAUCGCCCACGGCUGGUUCGGGAACGCCGUCACCAACGCCACCUGGGAGGAGAUGUGGCUGAGCGAAGGGCUGGCGACGUACGCCCAGAGGAGGAUCACUACGGAGGCCUACGGUGAGGCGUUCACCUGUCUGGAAACCGUCGUGCGGUUGGACGCUCUCCACAGACAGCUGCGUCUCCUCGGAGACAACAACCCUGUGAGCAAACUGCAGGUCAAGUUUGAGCCAGGUGUGAACCCCAGCACUCUGAUGAAUCUGUUCACCUACGAGAAAGGUUUCUGUUUCGUGUCGUACCUGUCUCAACUCUGUGGAGACGUCCGACGCUUCGACUGUUUCCUCAGGGACUACAUCGCACAGUUCAAGUUUAAAAGCGUGGUGGCUCAGGACCUCAUCGACUACUUCCUGGGUUAUUUCCCCGAGUUGCAGGACGCCGCCGUCGCUCAGAGAGAAGGUCUGGAGUUUGAACGCUGGCUGAGUGGCUGUGGACCUCCUCUGUAUGAACCGGAUCUGUCAGCAGGGGGCGCCCUGAUCCAGCCAGUCCAGGAUCUGUGUGAUCUGUGGAGGAGCAGUGACUCCCCAGACCUGCAGACCCUGACCACCUUUGACCUCUCAGCCUGGAGCACCUUUCAGAUCGUACUGUUCCUGGACCGCAUGCUGGACCACUCUCCGCUGCCACACGAGGUGAUGGUGAGUCUGUCUGGUUGUUACUCGACUCUGUUUGAUGGUCUGAACGCUGAGGUUCAGAUCCGCUGGCUGCAGAUGGUGGUGAGGAACACGUUCUACCCCGACCUGCCCCGAGUCCGAGCCUUCCUACACAAACACACGUCCAGGAUGUACACGGUGCCGCUGUAUGAGGACCUGGUCGCCGGGGUUAUGAAGUGCGUUGCCGUGGAGAUUUUCUACCAGACUCAGCGUCGCCUGCAUCCGAACCUGAGACGGACAUUGCAGCAGAUCCUGUUCCAGACCAGCCCCGCCCCGAACAAUCAGAACAGCCCGGCUCUGUCCAUCAUACCCCCCUCCCCCUCCAGCCCCCCCUCCGCACAGCCGCCACAGCCUGCUACCACGGCAUCCGCCUCGGGCGCCGCCACGGGGACUGCCAUUGCUCUGAGGGACGUCAACGUGUCAGCGUGAAGUCCACCUUUGCUGUCACGUGAUGGAGGAUUCAGGCUGUGAUUGGUCGGUCGGUCGCCCGCUGACAGACGGAAGAUGUGAGGUGACUAAGGGCUACGUGACGUCACGACAGGAAGUUCACUCCAGAGAUUUUUAAAGUCCGGCUCGUGUGAGGAAGUAGAUUCUGAAGUUGGUGGGGAGAUUAAAUGAGGUCGGGUCAAAGGUCAUGGGUCAGGGAUCAGAGGUCACAGCUGCUUUAUCAUGUGACUCUUUUUUUUUUUUUUUUUUUUUUUUUUUAAGCUCUAAUCACAGUUUUCAGGUUCCUGAGGGUCUGCCGACCCACCUGGGUACAACCAACACCUGUAUCCUGAACCGACCCCUGAGUUCAUCAGGGCCUUUAGACCCUGAGCUGAUGUGUUGUUCAAACUGUGGCUUGUGGCCCCGAUGUGGGUCCUGUGAUUGGACAGAUUGUUGUCAGAGGCUGGUGAUGAUUGAAAGUUUUCGAUUUUUACUCUUGGUGCAAUUUGACCGAUAACUUGAAAUGUGACGUCAGAGUUUAGUUUUCCGCUUCCGUCUCGGUAGAACCUGUUUGUAACGUCUCGUCGGUGGAUUCAGUCUCAGCAGCAGCAGCAGCAGUUUAGCUGUCCAUCAGUGGACAUCUCGGUCCAUCUGUGGUGAACUUAGAUUAAACCAGGUAGCUGCACUGAGGUUGACCUCACCGCUGAUUCAAAAGUGGAAGAAGCUCACCUUUCAUUUUUAAAUUUCGUGAUCUGGACGUGAUCAACCAAUAACCUCCCUCGGUUAUUGUUGCUAUGUCAGACAACUUACUGUAGAUACUGACUGCCGACUGUGAACCACGACAUCCUGGUUAGUAAACAGAAGCUGCGUGUGAAUGUUUAAACAGGUGAACUACAGGUGUCCUGGUGUUGAGCUGAGGUGACGUCCUCACUCAUAGCAUUUGACUGGAUUUGUUUUAGUUGGAUCUGGAGUAAAAACCACACCGUCCAUUCGACCAGAGACCUGAACCACGAAGCAGGUUCAACAAAGCCAGGAAAUCUUUUCGUUAUCUGGCUUCACUGAGCCCGGAUAACCUGUCUCAGGAAGCUGGUUAUCAACUGGCGGUAGUUUGGCCGCUGACAGGUUUUGAUCCGAUCCUCUGAAGUUAGGUAGAGCAGGUUAGGUGUGCACCGUUAGUUACCAUGGCGAUGUACCCCGGUAAGAAGCGAACCGCUGUGUUAACCCUGAAAACCCAGGUAGGGUAACUUCGGGGUUAAACCACAGAUCCUGCUUCGUGGAGCAGGUCUCUGGUUGCACAGGCUCCGUCCCCACACACACUGCGACUAUUGGUCGGAUUUCUGGUAAUAACCACGGCGCCCAUUAACACUGCAGCAUGUGGAGGUUUAUCAGAGCUCAGUGGGACACACCCGGUUGAUGAGGACGUCCCGUCGCCCACGCAAAUACAGCAGGACACAGUCCAGCAGCUGAGUCGGAUUCAGCGUCACUCAGCAGAGCUGUGUUGUUUGGACAUGAAGAAUAAUUUACAGUCUGAACCCAACAGAUCGUAAACUCCAGCGUCUUCAUGGCCGGUGAUUAAAAUUGACCCAAACACCAGACCACAGGUGCACCUGUAGUUCUCUGACCUACUACCCGCGGGAUCGGCAGACCGCAGGUGUGGGUGUCGGGACAGACCCGGAGUCUCCAUUGCAGACCCCGCAGACCUGUGGACCGAGCGUAGUCCUGCUUCGCUGUGAUUGGUGCAUGGAGGGGAGGAGGCGGUGCCUGUGAAUGUUAAUAGUGUGAUCAUGAGUAAACCAAGCGCGUCAUGCCGAGGUGGCGAGAGAUAGUAAUGGUGAUAAUAGAGCAGUGGCGUGUGAGGAGUUCACGGUCCUCGUCCUCGGUGUCGGUGACGUGGUCUCAACAGCCGUCUGAGAAAAUACCUGCGUCUUUGAUGAGAAGUCGGAGUUACGCACUCCCAAGGUGCAUUUCACUGACACACAUCCAAUCACAGAGCUUUACAUUCUGAUGUUUCUACAUCAGGAAAUCGCGGAGCAGUAAAACAGUGUUACUGCGUCGGCCUUUCCUGGAACUAUCCUGGUAAUUAAUCAGUUAAUUUAUAGGAAAUGAUUAGGAAAGUUUCCAGGACAUCAGCUGGAAAAUAAAGAGCUUCCUCAACUUUCCGGUGAGCUUGGAUGGAAAGUUCUUCGAAGUGCGGUUGGAUGAAAGCUGAAACCACCUGAGUAAGAGGCCCUUGAAUGAGACGAUGCUGUGGGUUUGAUGUUGAGUCGUCACACUUCACUGCUCUGUUCGCUCUGUUUCUGUUGGCUCUUUAACAAACUGCUGCUUUUUGACAAAAUAACUGCUUUAACAACCCCCCGCGUCGCCAAAACUAACACGUGACUCUUCAGGGGGAGGGAAAUCUUUAGGUCUACCUCCGUCCCGCUGAUCCCACCGGACCUGCGGACCAGGACUCGCGGCUCCUCGCCCGGACCCUGAUCCGUCAGUCUGAACGUUAAACUGGACAUUUACCAGGGAGGCGGAGUCGUCGCGCGAAAGGACUCAGCAGAAAAAAUAAAAACCAGCAGAACUCACCUGAGUGGCCUUAAUGCGGCCUUCACCGCAGCUGGGAACUGAGAGGUUUCUGCAGUUCAGACACCAGUUCUGCUCGUCUGAUGGUUAUUCUUCAUCCCUUUAAUGAUGAUUCUGACUGUUUGUGCCUAAAAUCACCAGCAAUAAAAUACAGACUUUUAAUUGUAGAUUACUGGGACUGAUUCUGAAUAUUUACUCUGACAAGAAGAAGAAAAAGUAGUAAAUAUUUGGAGGAAAGAGACGAGCAGAAACUCGAGUCAGACUGAACCUUUAAAGGUUUAAAUCGUGUCGUCAGUCGCCUGUUUCACUUCAAACUGAGUGGAAAAAAAGUCAAAUUAAAGACGAGAAAUGAAACAAUGGCUAAAAAAGAUCGGGGAGGGUGAUUCACUGGACGAUGACUUUGCUUUUUCAUCUUGAUAAACGACUGAUCCAGACUGACUGUAGCUUUAAUCAGCAGAGCUGAUCAAUCCUUGGUGGACUGAUCGAGCUGGAUCACUUUGAGGCUGAUGCUGUUUAAUAUCUAACAAAUAAAAAAGCAGCAAUAACAAAAAAAAAGCAAUAUUUUAUGUUUAAGUUUUGGCAACAAAAACUGAUUUGAAGCAAAGACAUCCUGAAUAAUCAGAUGUGAAACCUGUGCGUCACUGUCCUCUCCUCAGCUCUGAAACGUCCCACUGUUCCCAGCUGACCCUGAACGCCUCCACAGACAGAUUUAUAAUAAACGUGUGAUUAAAAAUAAACACCUCAAACUUCAAAAUGCGGAGUUUUUUUUCACUGUGUGAUUCCAGGGUUGGAGGCUCUCUGGGGGCUGAUGCAGAAAUCUGUGCACUUUAUUUAUACUUCUUAUUUUGAAACUGACAGAAUGUGAUCAGACAAUCAACAGUAACUGAAUAUAUGAAUUAAUAAAUCUGAUAGUGUAAAACUA